GUCCCGCCCCCGGCGCCGAUUGGCUGCGCGGCUGGGCCCAUGGGCAGGGGGCGGGCCGGGCUAAAGACCUCGGACAGCGGCGGCCGCUGUCCAGGGACAGGUGCAGCGCGGCGGGGCCCGAUUCUCCGCGUCACCGAGCCCAGCUGGGGAUGGGGUGGACUAAACCCUGACCGGCUUUUGGGAGCCUCAGCACCCCCGGAGGAGUAGAGACCAUGGCCCCUCCUCGGGGCUCUCAGGCCCCACUGGAAUUCGGGGGACCCCUGGGCGCCGCGGCGCUGCUGGUGCUGCUCCCGGCCACCAUGUUCCACCUGCUCCUGGUGGCCGGCUCCGAGUCCGCGCGCAUCCUGGCCCUGCCCACCUCGCUGCCGGGGCUGCAGGCGCUCUGGAGCCCCCGGGCGCUCCUGCUGUGUGUCACCUGGCUCGGCCUGCAGGCGGCGCUCUACCUGCUUCCCGCGCGCAAGGUGGCCGAGGGGCUGGAACUGAAGGACAAGAGUCAUCUCCGUUACCCCAUUAACGGCUUCCAGGCCCUGGUGCUGACAGCCCUGCUGGUGGGUCUGGGGGUGUCGCUGGGCCUGCCGCUGGGAGCACUGGCGGACAUGCUCUUCCCCUUGGCAUUGGCCGCCACCCUCAUCGCCUUCAUCUUCAGCCUCCUCCUCUAUCUGAAGGCUCUGGCAGCUCCUGCCCAGGACCUGGCACCCGGGGGAAGCUCAGGCAAUCCUAUUUACGACUUUUUCCUGGGACGGGAGCUCAACCCGCGCAUCGGUUCCUUUGACUUCAAAUAUUUCUGUGAGCUGCGGCCUGGCCUCAUCGGCUGGGCCCUCAUCAACCUGGCACUGCUGAUGCAGGAAGCCAAGCUCCGGGGCAGCCCCUCACUCGCCAUGUGCCUGGUCAAUGCCUUCCAGCUCCUCUACGUGGGCGACGCCCUCUGGCAUGAGGAGGCGGUCCUCACGACCAUGGACAUCACCCACGAUGGCUUUGGCUUCAUGCUGGCGUUUGGCGACCUGGCCUGGGUACCCUUCACCUACAGCCUGCAGGCCCAGUUCCUGCUGCACCAUCCCCAGCACCUGGGGCUGCCCCUGGCCUCCGUCAUCUGCCUCAUCAAUGCCGUUGGCUACUACAUCUUCCGAGCGGCCAACUCCCAGAAAAACACCUUCCGAAAGAAUCCCUCUGACCCCAGUGUGGCAGACCUGGAGACCAUCUCCACAGCCACGGGACGGCAGCUGCUGGUGUCGGGGUGGUGGGGCAUGGUUCGCCACCCCAAUUACCUCGGAGACCUCAUCAUGGCUCUGGCCUGGUCCUUACCCUGCGGGGUGUCCCACCUGCUACCCUACUUCUACCCCAUCUACUUCACCACGCUGCUGGUCCACCGGGAGGCCCGGGAUGAGCGUCAGUGCCUACAGAAGUACGGCCGGGCUUGGCACCAAUACUGCCAGCGGGUGCCCUACCGCAUCGUGCCCUACAUCUACUGAGGCAGCAGCCAUGCCCAGGAUGGCCAUGAUCCCGCGUCCCUUGA